AUGGCGUCACUGCAGAUACUGCUCUGCCUCUGUGUCGCCGCCGCGCACCUGGCGGGGACCCGAGGCACCACCACCCCUGAGGAGCCCAUGGUGACUGCGUGGGGCCUUGAAGGUUCAUUGCUGCAUCCUGGCCAGCCCUCGCCAGCCCUGGAGGACUGGGAAGAGGCCAGCGAGUGGACGUCCUGGUUCAACGUCGACCACCCGGGAGGCGACGGUGACUUCGAGAGCCUGGCUGCGAUCCGCUUCUAUUACGGGCCGGCGCGAGUGUGCCCGCGGCCGCUGGCGCUGGAGGCGCGCACCACAGACUGGGCCCUGCCGUCAGACGUCGGCGAGCGCGUACACUUGAACCCCACGCGAGGUUUCUGGUGCCUCAACCGCGAGCAGCCCCGAGGCCGCCGCUGCUCCAACUACCACGUGCGCUUCCGCUGCCCGCUCGAGGUCACGUGGGGUGCGUGGGGCCCGUGGGGUCCCUGUUCGGGGAGCUGUGGGCCAGGCCGUCGCUUGCGCCGCCGCCGCUGCCCAAGCCCCGCUGCGGAUGCGUGUCCUGGGCGUCCCCUGGAGGCGCAGAAGUGUGUGAGGCCUCCAUGUCCAGGGUGUGGUCCCAACACCUGUGGGUGCCCUGACCACAUCCUUCUGGGCUCGGUGGUCACCCCAUCUGGGCGUCCGCCCACAGCCAGGGUCUCCUUGCGAGACUGGCCUGGCACCAUGGCUACUAGCCAUGCCCACGGAACCUUCUGGGUGCCUGGAGUCUGUGCCAGCAGCCGAGCCAAUGUCAGUGCCCAAAUGGAUGGCUUCCCUGCAGGCAUGGCCCAGGCCCAGGCCCAGGCCAAGAGCUCCAACUCUGCUGUGGUCACUGUUGUCCUUAAUAAGUUGGAGAAGCCCUACCUGGUGAAGCACCCUGAGUCCCGAGUUCGAGAGGCUGGCCAGAAUGUGACCUUCUGCUGCAAAGCCUUGGGCACCCCCAUGCCCAAGAAAUACUCCUGGUUCCACAACGGGACCCUGCUGGACAGGCGAAAGCACAGGUACAGGACCCACCUGGAGCUGCAUGGGCUUCACCCAGACCAGGCAGGCACCUAUCACUGCAAAGCGUGGAAUGAUGCCGGGGCCGUGCGAUCGGGCACUGCCCAACUCACCGUGCUUGCCCCAGGCCAGCCAGCCUGUGACCCCCAGCCCCGAGAACACCUGAUCAAGCUUCCAGACGACUGUGGUCAGCCAGGCAGCGGCCCCAUCUACCUGGACGUGGGCCUUUGCCCUGACACCCUCUGCCCCAGCCCUGCAGGCUCGAGCCCCCGAUGUGGGGAUGCGGGCACCCGCUGCUGCUCAGUGCACCGCCUGGAGAGCAGGAGGAUCCACUGCUCUGACUACAUCCUCCCAGUCAAGAUAGUGGCUGAAUGUGGCUGCCGGAAAUGUCUGCCCCUGCGGGGGCUGAUCCGGGGACGUGUGGUGGCCGCUGACUCUAGGGAGCCCUUGCGCUUUGCUCGGAUCCUCCUGGGCCGGGAGCCCAUUGGCUUCACAUCCUACCAGGGUGACUUCACCAUUGAGGUGGCACCUUCCACUCAGCGGCCGGUGAUUACUUUCGUGGAUCCCAGUGGCCAGUUCGUGGACACUGUCAGGGUCCUGCCUUUUGACCCUCGAGGUGCGGGCGUGUACCAUGAGGUCAAGGCCAUGCGCAAGAAAGCCCCUGUCAUCUUAGAUGCCAGCCAGAGCAACACGAUAUCCCUCGGGGAGAUGGAGGACGAAGCCCCCUUAGGCGAGCUGGUCAUCCCGCCGAGAGCCUUCCGCAGAGCUGAUGGUGAACCCUACGCAGGGGCUGUGGAGGCCCGGGUGACAUUCGUGGACCCCCGAAAUGUCACCUCGGCGGCCGCCGCCCCCAGUGACCUGCGAUUUGUGGACGGUGACGGGGAGUUGGCUCCACUGCGCACCUACGGCAUGUUCUCGGUGGACCUGCGUGCUGCCGGCUCCGCAGAGCAGCUGCAGACCGGGCCGGUGGCCGUGCGUGUGGCCGCCAGCCAGAUCCGAAUGGCCGGCCACGUGGAGGCCCUGAAGCUGUGGUCGCUGAACCCUGACACGGGCUUGUGGGAAGAGGAGAGCGGCUUCCAGCGUGAGAGGUCGGCGGCCUCACGGGUCCGCCGGGAGGAGCGGGUCUUCCUGGUGGGCAACGUGGAGAUCCGGGAGCGGCGUCUGUUCAACCUGGACGUGCCUGAGCGCCGCCGCUGCUUGGUGAAGGUGCGCGCCUACGCCAACGAAAAGUUCACCCCCAGCGAGCAGGUGGAGGGCGUGGUGGUCACGCUGGUCAACCUGGAGCCUGCCCCCGGCUUCUCGGCCAACCCCCGCGCCUGGGGCCGCUUCGACAGCGCCGUCACUGGUCCCAACGGGGCCUGCCUCCCCGCCUUCUGCGAUGCUGACCGGCCAGACGCCUACACCGCCCUGGUCACGGCCACCCUGGGCGGGGAGGAGCUGGAGCCCGCCCCCUCCCGGCCCCGCCCCCUCCCGGCCACCGUGGGCGUGGCCCAGCCCUACCUAGACAAGCUGGGUUACCGCCGCACCGACCACGAUGACCCCUCCCUCAAACGCAAUGGCUUCCGCAUCAACCUCGCCAAACCCAGGUCCGGCGACCCCACCGAGGCCAACGGCCCCGUGUACCCGUGGCGCAACCUGCGGGAGUGCCAGGAGGCCCCGGUGACCGCCAGCCACUUCCGCUUUGCUCGCGUGGAGAUGGAAAAAUACGAGUAUAACGUGGUCCCCUUCCGCGAGGGCGUGCCGGCCUCCUGGACUGGAGAUCUCCUGGCGUGGUGGCCCAACCCGCAGGAGUUCAGGGCCUGCUUCCUCAAGGUGAAGAUCCAGGGUCCCCAGGAAUACAUGGUCCGCUCCCACAAUUCGGGGGGCAGCCACCCUCGGACCCAGGGCCAGCUCUACGGUCUGCGGGAUGACCGGAGUGUCCGAGACCCCCAGCGCCCUAGCACAUCUGCCGCCUGCGUGGAGUUCAAGUGCAGCGGGAUGCUGUUCGACCAGAGUCAGGUGGACAGGACGCUGGUGACCAUCAUGCCCCAGGGCAGCUGCCGACGCGUGGAGGUCAACGGACUCUUGCAGGAUUACUUGACCCGGCACCCCCCUGCUGCACCCGCUGAUGACCUGGCUGCCUUCUCCAUGCUGGCCCCGCUGGACCCUCUGGGUCACAACUAUGGUGUCUAUACAGUCACUGACCAAAGCCCAAGGCUGGCCAAGGAGAUUGCCAUCGGCCGCUGCUUCGAUGGCUCCUCUGAUGGCUUCUCCAGGGAGAUGAAGGCCGAUGCUGGCACAGCCGUCACCUUUCAGUGCCGGGAGACACCAGCGGGCCGGCCUAGCCUCUUCCAGAGGCUGCUGGAGUCCCCAUCGGCAGCUCUUGGUGACAUCCGCAGGGAGAUGGGCGAGGUGGCCCGGGCACAGGCACGAGCCUCAGGUCCCCUCCGCACCCGCCGUGGCAGGGUCCAGCAGUGACCCUGGGCCCCAGCCUCACUCCCCUGCCCUGCUCCAGACUCCUCUGUCCUUGGGAAGUCUCUUCAGGUUUCUGGGUACUUCCCUCCCCUGCCCAGAAUUCAGUCAGGUCCGAUGGUGGAAACGCAGGCAGAUAAUUGUUGCUGUGUGACGUGAAAUGGAGUUUGUCCUGACUGUGGAAGCCAGCAUCCUGGGGUGAUGGUCGGGGCUGGUGACCGACUGAGGCCCAGAGGGGAUCAUUCCCAGCUCACAUGCCAGCUCUGAUUUCAUUUCAUAUUUUGACCCUGAUUUCAGAUAAUCUGCCCUUUCAGAUUUCUGUGCUGAGCUGGAUGCUUUAUUGGGUCCUCUACCCUGAGUUUUGUUCUUGGGGUUAUUUAUUGAAUAAAUAAUAACAGGUGUGA